UUUCCCCCCCCUCUCUCUCUCUCUCUGUCCAAUUCUCUCUCUGAGUUUCUAUUUUUUUCUGUCUCUGAGAGAGCGCUCUUUCAGUUGCAGCUAACGUGCGCCGCUAGGAGGGGACACUGCUUAUCCUGUGCCGCCUGAGAUGUCGCCGGAGGCGUCCGAAACGACGACGUUGCUGAUAAGAAUCUCGCGUUAUAGGAACACUUAUUAAAAAGAAGAGAGAGAAAGGAAGAAGAUCGGACGGCGGGGAUUCAACGGGAUUCGUGUCAAUGGACGGCCAGAUGAGCCAGGCGAAGCUCACGAGAACGCAAUCUUCACUCCUCCGGUCGUCGCCGACCAUCCGAUCGUCCAUACACAGCCUUACCUCCGUUAACGAGGCGGACGUUAUCGCCGCCCAAAACGACGACGUCGACGAGGAGGAGGAGAAGAAGCAGCAGAAGAGAAAACCCGUCCGGUCCGGUUCGACCGCUACCCUGAGAGCCCGGACCGGUCCAAACCGGUUCACUCGCAGUUUCUUCCUCACGGCUUCUCUCUCUCUCCUAACCCUUAUCUUCUUCAUUUUCUUCUACCUCAGAAGAGAUGAGAUUUCGACCUCCGAGAACCUCCUCUUAGCCCUAAUCUUCGUCGCCGUUACGCUCUUCUUGGCGAACAAGAACAAGAGCUUGAUCAACCAGAGCAUCUCGAUCAUCAAGCACUCGUUGAUCUCGAAGCACAGCAAGAAUUCGAAGCCGGUCCAGUGGUUCAUCGGCGAGUCGAAGGCGGAGUCGCCGAAUUCGAGGCGGAUUAUUCGAGAAGGAGUGGAGUUCUACGGCAAUGGCGAUUUCUACGAGGGAGAGUUCCACAAAGGAAGGUGUAAUGGCAGCGGAGUUUACAAUUUCUUCGUUAAUGGAAGAUACGAGGGGGAUUGGAUCGAUGGGAGGUACGACGGCUACGGGAUUGAGAGCUGGGCGAGAGGAAGUCGGUACAAAGGACAGUACAGGCAGGGGUUGAGGCAUGGUUAUGGAGUUUACAGGUUUUACACAGGGGAUUCCUUCGCCGGAGAGUGGUGUAACGGCCAGAGCCAUGGCGUCGGAGUUCAGAGCUGCGCCGAUGGGAGCUGCUAUGUUGGGGAGUUCAAGUGCGGCGUCAAGCACGGCCUUGGAUGCUACCAUUUUAGAAAUGGAGAUAGGUACGCAGGGGAAUAUUUUGGUGACAAAAUCCACGGAUUUGGAGUGUAUCACUUUGCCAAUGGCCAUUGCUAUGAAGGGUCAUGGCAUGAAGGCCGAAAGCAAGGCUAUGGCAUGUACACUUUCAGAAGCGGCGACACCAGAUGCGGUGAAUGGGAUGGUGGCUCUCUGAAGCACUCUUUACCUCCACUAACUGAUGCAGUUCUUAGAGCGGUUCAGGCUGCUAGGAGAACAGCAGAGAAUGCAAUUAACCUUCACCGGGUAGAUGAACAAGUGAACAAGGCAGUCAUGGCCGCAAAUAGAGCCGCCACCGCUGCUAGAGUCGCAGCUGUGAAAGCUGUCCAAAACCGGAUGGACGGGAAAUUUUGUGAUACAAAUGUCCAAGGAGAAGACUAGCUUUGUUUCCAAUUGUAAAUUUUCCUUUCUUUUUCUUUUUUCUUUUUCCAACUAAUUUUUAAGUACUUUGGGAAAUGUCACCCCAGUCAGCAAAAGCUAAUCGGAGGUUGAGCAAUGAGAGAGGGAAUGAGUUUGUUUGAAGUUUCCAUGAUGAUCACCAAACUGUAACUUGUACAUACACUCAUGUAAAUCAAUGGAAUAUGGAAUUUCCA